GCCCGGCAAGUCCCCUUGGUCCCGCUAGGGUCCGCAGGCUGCCCACUGGCCUGCCACGUAUUACUUCCGUCAAUGAUCGGGAUGGGACCAAAUGUAAACAUAAUCCCCGGACAUAUUUACUCGGGUCGCAAUGGCUCUACAGAUGAGAGGACGAUUUCUCCUUGUAUUGUUUUGCGUACUCGGCGGCGGAACAGGGAACGACAAUGUAGAGCUCUUUGACGCGUUGUCGCCGCUGCGUGAGCGCUGGCCGGUGACGGGAGUGACGCGCACGCGCGGCCGCUGUCAGGGCGCCGCCACUGCGCCGGCGCACUACUCCGCCUACACCCUCAACGAAAACGCCACGGUGCACCAGCUCGCUGCCGGCAUGUUCUACAACACCUUCCCUGAGGACUUCUCUAUUAUGACCGUGGUGAGACUGCCAGAGACCGACCAGAACCCGCUGUUCGUGCUGUACUCGGACGCGGGGGACGAGCAGCUGCAACUGGUUGUGGGGGAGCUGGUGGAGUUGUACUACGAGGACACCCGGGGUGACCCCCCCGACAACGAGCUGCUCACCUUCCGAGUCAGCAUUGGCGACGGGCAUUGGCAUCGAGUGGCUGUCAGCAUCAAGGGCAACUCUGUCUCCUUGCUGGUGGACUGCCAGGUCCGGGGCACCCUGCCGCUGAACAGGCAGCCCGGUAGCACCUUCAACCUCGCUGGGGCGCUCGUAGUCGGCGCACAGGUCACGCCGGACCAGUACUUUGAGGGUGACAUCGAACUGCUACAGUUCUCAAACAAACCUGACACGGCAUACGAAAUGUGUAAUACAAUCGCUCCCGAUUGUGGAAGACUAGGAUAUUCCUACUCCGCAGUUACUAGUGGAUCUGGAUUUUCACAAACGUCCGUCAAUACUGGUGCCGAAAGAAAUACCGCACACUACAACACUCCCGAACACACUGAAAGGAACUCUGUCGUGACAGAACGCGCCUCUACUCAUCGGAACUAUGAAGCUACCACUACACAUACAGACCUGUACACUUUAAACUCUGAAGAUAGAAUAAGACAGCAUUUCGGAAGAAAUAGAGUUCGGAAUCGAUCUGACCUCUGGGUUGCAGCGAAUAGAGACCUGACAACCGUCCGACCAGAGUGGCAGGUAACAUCCUCCUUCAGUGUCAACCCUCCGUACCCAGUAUCUACUGACGCCGGUAAGUACGAAAACAGUAUCUUCGGAAGCUUUACGGAUGCCGACGAGAUAAUAACGACACCUCCGAGUGUCGCAGAGACGACCCCUCCUGAGCAGCCUGAAUCAUCCACUUCGAGGUUGAAGCGUGGGGACGAUGACGAGGCGGAUAUUACUCCGCUCCUAACCACAGAGACGUCCUACACCCCUAUCACGACCACAGAGGACUCAGAUUGGCUCACGCACCCUCCAGACACAGCUCACGGAAACGCUUCGAUAUACGAUACGGAUACGUAUUACGACUAUGGGACUUCGGGGAUGUAUAUGGGACCCCGCGGAUACCCAGGGCCGCCCGGGCCUCAGGGGCCAAGGGGGCCUAAAGGUGAACCGGGAAGGCCCGGGGCGGAAGGCCUCCAGGGAUUUCCUGGUGCACCUGGACAUGUUUUCGUAGUUCCGUUACAUCAAUCAGGAAAUGAUAAAGGCCCUGACGCGCAGUCUGAAGCUCUUCGUCAGUUGAUGACACAACAUAUGGCUGCAAUGAGAGGUGCCGAGGGUCCUAUGGGUCUAACAGGUCCACCUGGGCCAGAAGGUGAAAUAGGAUCUGAAGGCCCAAAAGGGGAGCAGGGAGAACAAGGGGAACCGGGUCAACCAGGACCGCGUGGUCCUCAGGGUCCAGCAGGUCGAGUUGGGCGCCGCGGUCAUGCGGGCAGGGACGGUGAAAGAGGGGCCACAGGCGCCCCGGGACUUAAAGGAGAGCCCGGGUAUCCAGGCCCACCUGGUAUGCCCGGAGACAAAGGAGAGCGAGGUGCAACAGGCCUACAAGGGGAAUCAGGCGCCCCUGGACAAGAUGGACCUGCAGGAGAUGACGGACCCCCCGGACCACCGGGACUCGUUGGGGAACUUGGACCAAGGGGGUUCAUGGGACCUAGAGGAUUUCCUGGGCUGAUUGGAUAUCCGGGAUUGCCGGGUAACGAAGGACCACAAGGUGCCAAAGGUGCUUCUGGGCAACCUGGGCCUUCAGGACCGCAAGGACAACCUGGACCUAUGGGGCCUCCUGGGUCUACGGGACCACAAGGACCUACAGGUGUGCCGGGCAUACAGGGUCCUCAAGGUAAACAAGGAAUAUCAGGCUUACCAGGACCAGAAGGCUCUCCGGGAACACCUGGAAAUCCAGGACAACAAGGUUCUCCAGGAGAAGUCGGGCCACAAGGACAACAGGGUAUGCUGGGAUUUCCUGGGCCACGCGGAUUGAAGGGAGACGAUGGGCCACGAGGAGUCCCUGGAGAUAAGGGUGAUAAAGGAAUUAGAGGAAUCGAGGGAGAAAAGGGAGAAAUGGGCCUAAAAGGCGAGCGUGGUCCACCCGGAGAACCAGGGCCUCCAGGUAUCGAAGGACCUGAAGGACAAAAGGGUACAGAGGGACCCAGAGGAGAAACAGGUUCCGUUGGCCCGGCUGGAGAAAAGGGAGCUACGGGCCCUCAAGGACCGACGGGCUAUCCGGGGGCUCAAGGCGAAAAGGGAGAUAAAGGAGCUUCUGGAAGACGAGGCAGAAGAGGCGCUAAAGGCAUCAUGGGCUUGCCAGGAUCCCCAGGAGAUCGCGGCGAAGGUGGACCAAGAGGUUACAGAGGUCCUCGAGGACGUCGUGGUUCAGACGGCGCCCCAGGUCCUAAAGGUGACACGGGACAACCAGGGUCACCCGGUCCUAUAGGAGAGCGGGGUCCUCAAGGAAUAGAGGGUGUUCGGGGAUUUCCUGGAGCAAUCGGACCUCCGGGGUCCGACGGGAAAGCGGGUUUACCCGGUCCUCCAGGGGAACGAGGUCCUACAGGUGAACCAGGAGCGGUUGGUCUAGCAGGACCCCUGGGGCCUAUAGGGCCACAAGGACCCAGUGGAGAACCAGGUCCACCGGGGCCACAAGGCUCGUCUGGGAUACCUGGUACUCCAGGCGAGAUUGGUGCUCCGGGAGAAGUCGGGAAAGAAGGACCCCCGGGCCCACCGGGGCCUGAAGGGAAACCUGGCCCCGUAGGAUCUCCGGGACCUCAAGGCAACCGCGGAGAGCCGGGUUUACCAGGUGCACCUGGCACACCUGGAACGAAAGGAGACUUCGGUCCUCCUGGUCCACCUGGGUUACGAGGCGAAAAGGGCGAGCAAGGCGAAACGGGCAGCGAAGGACCCCAGGGCCCACAAGGACGGGUAGGGCCAAGGGGCUCUCCGGGGCCCGGAGGGCAAAAGGGAGAGUUUGGUGAACCUGGACCACCGGGUCCUAUUGGUCGAGAUGGUCUUCCUGGUCCAAGAGGUCUAGCAGGUGCCCCAGGGCCUGUUGGGCCACCUGGUGAAGAUGGCGACAAGGGAGAAGCUGGUCCGCCUGGGGAAAAAGGCUUUAAAGGAGCUGCAGGGGAACCAGGACCUCCAGGAUCAACAGGCAUUCAAGGGCUCCGAGGUGAAUCUGGACCAGUCGGUCUGCCAGGAGAGAAAGGACCACAGGGAGACCCAGGUCCCCCUGGUCAUCCAGGCGCAGACGGAGUUCGAGGACCCCCCGGACCCAAGGGACCUAUUGGCCUUCAAGGUGAAAAAGGACAACAAGGGACAAAAGGUGAAACAGGCGAUGUGGGUUCAAUAGGGCCACCGGGACCAACUGGUCUGACCGGUGCUCCAGGCAAAAGAGGACCUAAAGGCGUCCCUGGAGAUACUGGACCUCGAGGUGCAGAGGGACAACGUGGAGAUAUUGGCAAUCCAGGCGCGCCCGGUCCGCCUGGGCCUCAAGGCCCGGAGGGAAAAUUGGGACCUAGAGGCCCCGUGGGACCUAAAGGAGAAGACGGUCCACCCGGACUACAAGGCGAACCGGGGCCAAGAGGUCCUAAGGGGCCGGAAGGAGCAAAAGGUGAUGCAGGACCAGCCGGUUUUCCCGGGGAAAGGGGUGAACCUGGUCCCCAAGGUAUAAAAGGAGAUCCAGGAGCGGACGGCCCUGAGGGUAGCACGGGCCCACAGGGACCGCCCGGUGCAACUGGACCACCAGGUAAAGCUGGUGAAACUGGGUUGCCUGGUACUCCGGGCUCAGAAGGUCAAGCUGGGACUCAAGGUAGCCCUGGGUUACCAGGCGAAAAGGGGGACGCUGGUCCUAGAGGAAAUCCUGGAGAGCCGGGACCUGUGGGGCCACCGGGUCCGACAGGAGUAGAGGGCCAAAGAGGAAUACGGGGGCCGCCAGGACCUAAUGGUGAUUCUGGAGCACCAGGUGCCACCGGACCCCCAGGCCCUAAUGGAAAGAUUGGACCGCCUGGUCCACCCGGGCCAAGAGGUGACAAAGGAAACAGAGGACCAAAAGGUCACAUUGGAGACACGGGGCCGAUGGGAAUUAAAGGCGAUCAAGGAGAGAUAGGGAAACAAGGGCCACCAGGACCUGCUGGACCGCCAGGACCUAAAGGAGAUGUGGGACCGCCCGGCGUAGCGGGUGCAAAAGGAGAAACGGGGCCAGUUGGACCACCGGGCGCGGAAGGUCCAGUUGGACCGAAGGGGUCACCUGGUCCUGAAGGCAGACCUGGCCAACCUGGUCCGCCCGGAACCCCGGGGCCUCCCGGGCCGCCAGCACCCGCCCCAGUACUGCCACCAGAGAUGUUCACAUCUUACAGACGUCGUCGGAGUGUUGAUGAAAAUGUAGAAUCAACCACUGAAGAUAUCUUUGAUGAUGAGGAGGAAAUCGAAUGGGCACGCGAGAUAAUGAACGGGGUGGUGGCGGCGCGGACCAUGUUGGACGCAGCGCGGCGUCCACGAGGCACGAGGGCCAAUCCCGCUCUGUCUUGCCGGGACCUCCGCACUACGCACACUAACUUGACUGACGGUUUCUACUGGAUCGACGCCCGCGGCAGUGGCGCAGCCCAGCCCAUAAAGGUGUACUGCAAAGGACACCACACGUGUCUAUUCCCUGACCCCAGGGACCCACUGGCCUACAACAUUGACGACCACCCGCCGAAGUUCUCACAGAUUGACAACGGCUAUCGGAUAUCAUACGAAGCUGAAGGAUCCGGUUUCGUACAGCUUCGAUUCCUUAGACUACUAUCCAAUGGAGCACGGCAAAAUUUCACUUAUUCCUGCAUUAACACCAACGCUCCGCAAAGAGCCGACAUUCCGACUGUAACAAGGUUGAAUAAUAUCAAACUCAUUGGACAUAACGGCGUGGAAUUUAAAGAGCCACAGGUCGUAAAGGAUGAGUGCAAGGAGGGUACUGGAGAAAUAGUGCUGGAGAUCAAGACAUCGAGGAGUGACAGGCUGCCAAUCACCGACUUCCAACCUAUAGCCUUCUCAGAAGCGGAACAUCAGUUUGCUUUCACUGUAGGGCCGGUCUGCUUCACAUAAUUCACUAUUCUGAAUUAUCUGAAGCAAACUCCGUAUUCAUAAGACAAAAACAAGUUAGCAAGGCAUUUGAUUACCUAUGAAUAAAUUCGUAUUCUGAUAUUAUUUGUAAAUAGGGAUAUUUUUACUAUUACGUACUUAAGCUUUGGACCUAUGUAAAUAUGUAAAUAAAUGUUGUGACGAUUU